UAUGUUAAUAAUAAAUCGUUUUGGUCUUCCAUUUAAUAUUUAUUUAAAUAAUCAUCGGUUUCAAUUAAUUAGUACAAGAAAAUUCUUAAAUAAUUUUGUUGUCAAAAUUGCUCCACGAAUUGAAAAUAAUUUAUUUUUUUCUUCAAAAUAUUUGAAAAAUAAAGAAUAUUUUGAUCAAAAACAAAAUUAUAAAAAAUUUAAAAUUUGGAGAGGAAUGUGGGCAUUUACUUUUUUUGGUAUUUUUGGAUGGGAAGAUUGGAAAAAAUUGGACGAUGAUCCAUUAAAGGAUAAAGUAAAGUGGGCAAUGUUACACAGAAAAUAUAAACGUUAUGAUAAUGCUGUUGAGGAAUUAAAUAAAGCAUUAAAAGAAGCACAAGAAUUGGGAAAUCAAAAAUAUAUAACAAGAAUAUAUGAUGAAUUAGCAAAUACUUUUUAUGAAUCUACAGAUUUUGAAAAAGCUGAAAAUUUAUUUAGAUUAGUUAUUCACAGAUUAAUAACAAUUCAUCAAAAAACAGAAUCUUCCCCAGAAUUUAUUGGAAUUUCUUUAAAAUUAGCAGAAAUUUUUGCAAAGAAAGGAGACGCUGUUUCUGCAGAUAUUGGAUAUAAACAUUGUUUAAAAAAGCAAAUAGAAGAAUCAGAUAAAGCUUUGGGAAAAUUUUAUAUAGCACAUGGGGCACAUAUUGAAUUAAAAAAUCCGAUGGAUGAAAUUGGGCUUGAUUUUACUGAACCGGUUGAUUUUUAUCCGGAAAGGUUGGAUGAAGCAAAAGAAUAUAUAAAUGAAGCAUUAAAGAUUUCAUAUAAAAUAUAUGGUGUUAAUUCCUCUCAUGCAUUAAAUAUAAUUGUUACAUUUUCUGGGAGAUGUAUACUUAAAAAUCAAUUCAAAAUUGCUCGAGAUUAUUUAGAAAUGGGAAUUGGAAGAAUCUUGGUACAGCCAGAAAAUGAAAACAUGAUACUCUCCUACUAUUGCUGCUAUUCUGAAGCUUUAUUUCAUACCGGUGAAAAAGAAUUGGCUAUCGAUUACGCGGAAAGAGCAGUCAAUUUAGCAAAAGAAGAAGCUGUAGAUCCUUCUGUGCGCGAAUAUGUUAGUGAUUUUGCAAAACAGAUUAAAAGAGAUGUUUCUCGUUCAAAACGAAGUGAAAAUUCGUUGUUAAAAUGGCCUUUUUAG